AACUAAGGACAGAGUAACUGUGCUCUCGACAACGGCAUCCAAGAAAAAAAGUGCAGUCGCUCCUGAUGGUCUUCCCUUAGCAACCGUGGACAAACAUGAGUUACUACAGCAUAAGACCUUCAAGCUCUGCCAGCUUCUCCUCAAACUUAACAUCAAGUGGCAUUGAAGAUGACUGCGGCAGUUUAAUGCAACAGAAGCUGGAAAGACAGAGGGCGCUGCUGGAGCAGAAGCAGCGACGGAAACGUCAUGAGCCCAUGAUGGUGCAGCCCAACACUGAGACUCGGCCCCGCCGCUACAGGACGCAGCGUGGAGAGGAGCAGGACCCACUGGUGGAGUCCCAACUCAGUGUCAAUAACGACGUCAUUAUUGAUGGCAUUGAUGGACCGGCAGCUUUCACUGGUUCAGAAGCCCCUGAUCUGGAAACGAAAAUUAAAGUUCGGUCAGUGAGCCAGGCCCCGUCUCCUCAGCCCCAUCAUCAGCCUCCACCUCAGCCCGAGUCUCCUGCAGCCGAAGAAACAGAAAGAGACAGAGAUACUGAGACUCUGCUAGAACCCAAGACAGACAUCCAUGAGCUGCUACAGAAGGAAGGUCUGUGUGGAAGUAUGAACUUUGAUGAAGCCAGCGAGCACGAAGAAGAUGCAGAUGAGGAACGGAUAUGUUCUCUGUCCUCUCCCACCGAUGUUCCCCGACCUGCCUCAGCUUCUAGUGGCAAAAACAUUCCUGAGCCAGUAAACCCUGGAUCACCUUCUGCAGAGAGCUUCCUUGCAGAUGCUGCCAACCUAGAGGAGUUUGUACUGCGCCCUGCACCUCGUGGCAUCACAAUUAAAUGCAGGAUUACCCGGGACAAGAAGGGUAUGGACCGUGGCCUCUACCCCACCUACUUCAUGCACAUGGAGCGAGAUGAUGGAAGAAAGGUGUUUUUGUUGGCUGGAAGAAAGAGAAAGAAGAGCAAAACAUCAAACUACCUCAUUUCAGUGGAUGCCACAGAUCUGUCACGAGACGGAGAGAGUUUCAUUGGUAAACUGAGGUCCAACUAUACGGGUACCAAAUUUACAGUGUACGACAACGGCACCAAUCCCUGCAAAAACCUCGGGACGCUGCUGGAAGAAAGCAACACACGACAGGAGCUGGCUGCAAUCUGCUAUGAUACCAACCUGCUGGGAUUCAAGGGACCACGUAAAAUGACUGUUGUUCUCCCAGGGAUGAACAUGAACUUUGAGCGAAUCCCUGUAAGGCCUCAAAAUGAACAGGAGAGCCUGGUGGGCAGGUUGCAGAGCAAUGUGAUGGAAAACCUGAUUGAGCUGCACAACAAGGCCCCUGUUUGGAACGACGACACCCAGUCUUACGUGUUAAACUUUCACGGCCGGGUGACACAAGCCUCAGUGAAGAACUUCCAGAUAGUUCACGACAACGACCCUGACUACAUCGUCAUGCAGUUUGGAAGAGUCGCCGAAGACAUCUUCACCCUCGACUACAACUAUCCUAUGUGUGCUCUUCAAGCCUUUGCCAUUGGGCUGUCGAGCUUCGACAACAAGCUGGCCUGUGAGUAACGGGAGGGUGUACUGCAAGAGAGCCACUCGUCCUUCAGCUUCUACCAUGUUUUACUUUUGUUCUUUUUCAAAAUGUUGUAAUAUAGCUUAACAUGGGUAGUUUAAUAUGUUUUGAACCAUCUAUGUGCAGCGGCUGUUUAUAUGUGAAAAAAGCAACAAAAAAAACCAACAAAUGUACUGGUUAAAAGGGAAAAGAAACUCAUUUUAUCUUGUGAGGCACCACGUACGAGAGCUGAUGUCAUAGUUUUGAGCUCCUGUAUUCUGUUACUUCCGGUUCUGUUGUAUUCUAUUUAACCCAGUUUCGAUCUUUUGUUUAGCAUAAACAGCAUAAAUUACUUUUUCUCUGGCGCCAUCUGCAGGCAAAAACCUUUGCCUUCUAUUUAAAGCGUUUUUAAUGGAGGAUGGGGUCAAUUAAUUUUUUGCUUCCAAAUUCAAACAUAUACUUAUUACAACCAAUUUUAAUCUCUCUUUAUGUGUGGCACCUUCCCUCUCAGUUGUCCUUGUGCCUAAGGAGCAUUUUAAGCAGACCUUUUGUGCAUGUCUUCAUACGUUUUUUUAAAAGGCCUUUUGUGGAUGUUUUUUUUGUGACUUACAUGUUACUGUCUUUUGAUUUUAAAUUACACAAAAAAUAUAAAUGCAAAAUUGCACAUUUUAAGACAAACAAGAGACAGCAAUCGUUAUUUUUGGACUGCUUUACAUCUUUUAACCAGUAUAGAAUAUAAAGGUUAUUGAGACGAUCCUUUUUUUUUUAUUAUUAUUUUGGUGUUGAAGUUAAAACACUAGUGAUCUUUUAUGUUUGUGAACAAAUGCACAAAUUGUGGUGUUGUUUUUUCUAAUCUUAUAUAGGUAUUAUUUGGUUGAGCCAAACAAGUUCUUUUUUCUGUUCAUGAUAAUCAGCUGUGUUGAUACCUCAUUUCAAGGUUAGGUGAAGCCUACAGUUCCUGUCAGAGGUUUACAUGCCGUCCUCAUAGAAUAGAUAAACAACAUACAGGAACACAAGUUUAAAUUUAUUGAAAACCUUUGUCUAAUCUGUAAAUAUGGUCAAAGUUACACAUACAAGCCUAAAUGUAUACAUACACCGCUACUAAUAUUUGUUUGAAUGGGCUUUAUCAUGAUGACCCCAUAUGUUUUGCACUCAUCAACAAGCACUAUAUAAAUAAACUUACCUUACCUUA